AGGGUUUUGAGGGUUUUCUCACCUUUUACUGUUCCCUCGUCAAUUUCUUUGUUUGGCUGUUCUUUCUUCGCAUCCAAAGAUGAAGCUCGUCAGGUUUUUGAUGAAGUUAAACAAUGAAACUGUCUCAAUCGAGCUGAAGAAUGGGACUGUGGUCCAUGGAACCAUCACUGGUGUGGAUGUGAGCAUGAACACUCACUUGAAGACAGUGAAAAUGAGCCUGAAGGGGAAAAACCCAGUAACUAUCGAUCAUCUUAGCUUGAGGGGUAACAAUAUUCGCUACUACAUUCUUCCUGAUAGCUUGAACCUCGAGACUUUACUUGUGGAAGACACUCCUAGAGUUAAACCUAAGAAGCCUGUUGCUGGGAAGGCUGUUGGACGCGGCCGUGGCCGUGGUCGUGGGCGUGGUCGCGGCAGAGGUCGUUAGAUGUAUCAGUGCACUGGAAAAAGUUGAAGGUUUGUGAGUUAAAUUCUUAGGAGAAUGUACCGAGUUAUGUAUCUAGCAAUUCUGGCAAAGGAAAUAUUUGAUUAAGAAAUGGUAUGAUUGAUGCUAGUAAGGAGUUACUAUGUAAUGGAAUUCCAUGGAUAAUAAUAUUUAGCUUUACAU